GCCACCAGAGGAGAUGGAAACCAGUGCCACAUCAGCGACACUCUCCCAGAAUGGGCUGAAUAGUGAAGAUGGUCUCAGUGAGGAGGAGAAAGCCAAGAGAAGAGCUGAGAGACGAAAAGCUAGGAGGAAGCGACGACGAGAGCGGAAGAAACUACAGACGGUUACAACAGAUGAGCUCACUGUGCAGGAAGAGCAUGAAGAGGUUGACUCUGAGGAGGACAGUGGUUCUGAGGGUGAGGAGCAGCUAGUAACGCAGGAGCUGGAAAAGCAGGUGGAGGUGAAGGAAAACAUGCUUAAGAAAGAAUGUCCUCCGUGUAAGGGCAGUGCCACACCACCGCUGGCCUCGGGGAACAAACGAAACCGGCAGCCAUCAGCCCGGGCUUGUGAGGAGGAACCAGAAUGGGAUGUUAGCAGUGCCUUCGUUGCCAAUGCUGUUAGUCACUUUAGGCCUAAAGCCAAGAGCAAAUCAGGAUGUAAAUCCAAAGAGAACAAAGAAAAUGAGGCCAGAGGAAGGGAGGUUAGUGCAUCUGAUGCUCUGAGUAAAAGAAGUGCCUCACUGACAGAAAAGGGGAUCAGGCUGGUACAGGAUGGGCAGUACAAUCAAGCUAUAAAUAUGUUUACAGAAGCUAUCAAAUAUGACCCAAAAGACUACAGGUUUUUUGGGAAUCGCUCAUACUGUUACUACUGUCUGGAUCACUACUCGUUAGCGCUUAAUGAUGCCGAAAAAUCUAUUCAGAUGGCCCCAGAGUGGCCUAAAGGCUACUACCGCAAGGGAAGCGCCCUCAUGGGCCUCAAGCGGUACAGCGAGGCAGAGAAAGCGAUGGAGCAGGUGCUAAAACUAGAUAAGGGCUGUGAAGAAGCAGUUGACGACCUCUACUCUUGCAAAGUGCUUCAGCUCAUGGAUCUUGGGUAUGAAGAGGAACAAAGUGUGCUGCUGCUUGAGAAGUACAGUACAGUUCAGGCAGUUCUCACAGCUCGAGCUGCAAACCAUGACUUUACACUCCUACAGCCAGGUCCGUGCCCUUCUCUCUGGGUGGGGAACGUAACCACAGAACUGACAGAAAAGCACCUGUGGGACCUUUUCAAAAACUAUGGAGAGAUUGAAAGCAUCAGAGUGCUACACGAGCGAUUCUGUGCUUUUGUAAACUUUAAGAACGCCAGCAUGGCCUCAAGAGCUAUGGAAAAGCUCAAUGGUUAUUUAAUAGAAAACACACGGUUAGUGGUCCGGUAUCCUGACAGACGUGUGCAGAAACCAUUUCCAGUUCCUGCUGCAUCACAGACUGGAGGAGCUGCUGGGGCGAGGCGUAGAGGUCCUAUUAAUGGAGACGAAUGCUAUUUCUGGAGGACUACUGGCUGUCACUUUGGAGACAAGUGUCACUUUAAACACAUUCCUGAGCAGAAGGGCAAAGACAGAAAGCCCUGGCAGCCCUGAUUCAGUGCAUUCUUCCACCUCUUUUCACUAUCAGCUCUGUUUCUAAAUAUAUUUCUCCCUUGGAAUGGGAGGAAAUGAACUCAUUCAUAGCUGCUGGGACUGUGAGUUCAGAGAUUAGUUUUGGUUAUGUGUAGGUUUUUUUAACUGGGACCAGAGUCUGUAUUGUCUUACUAUGGCAGUCUUGGCGCAGAUCAGCAAUGACUGCAGUGCCUUGGUGUGAUUUCCACCAGACCUAUUGUGCAUCAUUGUGCCAGAUUGUCUUGUUUACAAAAAAGUGAAGAGGACAUGACUUGUGGGAGGAGCAAGCUUGGUGGUGACCAGUCUCAUGUUUGACUAGGGUUUUGAAGACAGACUUGGCUCCUAAUAUUGUCUCAAUGAUUUUAACUACUAUGCCAAUGCCACUGUGCCAAAAAACCUGUGCCCAUCCUGAAGAGAUGCAAUUUAGGCUGGUAAUGUGUAUAGGCAUUGUUUGCCUGUGUUCUUUAAAGCCUUAUCAAAAGAAUCUUGCACAAAAUGAGUAGAAAAAUUAGAUAACAAUAUAAAAACUUAAAAUAUCUUUUUAAAAGGUGGUUGUGAUCGCCCAGGUGGCGCAGCGGGAUAUUCCACUAGCACACCAGCGCCAAGUUUCCGAACCCCUCGAUUCUGUUGCAACCGGAUGGCUGGGCGCCAUCUGGCGGGCAAAAUUGGCAGUGCCUGCAGCAGAUAUUAAUUGGCCAUCAUAUCAGCAGUGUGGGGACCAGACUAUGUGUGGGUGGGAUCUUCCUCCGCUGUGUAAAGGACCCUGAUUGGCGGAAGAGACGCCUGUGCAGAAUGCAUGGGUGAGAAGAGGAGGGCUGUACACAUGUCGGAACAGGCGUGUACAGCGACGUGCUCUCCUCGGAUGCAAUCAUGUAUCCCUCAGCAGCGGAAGACAUUGAAUGCGCUAAAUCGGGAGGAAAAUAGGGAGAAAAUGCAUAAAAUAAAUCAAUAAAAGUUGGUUGUGAAUUGCAGUGGUUUUAAGUACACUCUUGCCACUCAUGUAGUGCGUCUACCUAACAUCCAGAGAAGUAUAACUUGAGUAAAAUAAUGUCCUUAAAAUCUGUUUUGCCAGACAU